AUGCCAGCUCGCCCCGAGCGCUUUCGAUCGGACUCGCCCAUGAGUCCGUUCGACCACCGCGGCGACGACAACAUGCCCGAAGACAUCCUCGACGACAUCUCCCACCGCCGAUUCAAUCCUCUUCGAGGUUCCUGGGUGCUGGUCUCCCCUCACCGAACGAAGCGACCAUGGCAAGGGCAGCAGGAAGAGCCGAGCAAGAACGUGUUACCAGAAUACGACCCCUCAUGCUAUCUAUGUCCCGGUAAUAAGCGUGCACAAGGCGACCACAACCCAAAGUACGACAGUACGUUCGUCUUUGUCAACGACUACUCGGCAGUCAAGGAGAAUCAAGCGGAGUACAACCAACCAAAAGAAGACGGCUCCCUCGCUUCACGGUUACUUCGCGCAGAAGGCACGACUGGCAAGUGCUAUGUCAUUACCUUCUCGCCGGCUCACAACCUUACGCUGGCCGACAUGCCACCACAGGAUAUCCUGCCUGUGAUCCAGACUUGGACCAAAAUCUACACCUCACAUCUCGAUCCCCACUCGCCUUUGUACAAGGCGGCCCAAUCAAAUUCUCUCCCCAACGGCGACUCAACAGAACCCUCCAGACAGCAAUUCCGGUAUAUGCAGAUCUUCGAGAACAAGGGCGCCGCCAUGGGCUGCUCAAAUCCACAUCCUCAUGGCCAGAUUUGGACCACCACAUCUUUGCCAGAGGAGCCAAGCAUAGAACUACAGCAUCUUCAACAAUAUCGAAGAGAGCAAAGCGGUUCACAUAUGCUGGUAGACUAUGCUAAGCUCGAAAGCGAAAAGGGCGAGAGGACGGUCUACGAGAACAACAGCUUCUGGGCUGGCUGUCCUUGGUGGGCGACGUGGCCAUUCGAGAUCAUGGUUAUUGCCAAGACUCACAAGCGGGCUCUUGUGGACUUUAAUGAGACGGAGAAGGAAGACUUGGCAGAGACGAUUUCUGAAAUCACGAGGCGAUAUGACAACUUGUUCGAGACGAGCUUCCCUUACAGCAUGGGUCUGCAUCAAGCCCCUCUCACCGGCACCGACGAAGAGAUCGAAUCCUCACAUUUCCACAUCCACUUCUACCCACCACUCCUCCGCAGCGCCACGGUGCGUAAGUUCCUGGUCGGCUACGAGAUGAUGGCGGAACCCCAACGCGACAUCACACCCGAGCAAGCCGCCAAGCGCCUGCGAGGUUGCGGCGGCGAACUGUACAGGAGGAAACUUGCAUGA